CACACCGUAAACUCCACCCACCGGACGCGGGCUGCUCGUGGGUGAUUGAGGCGGCAUUGGUUAAAUGAACCCAUUGCAGACAUGAAUAAAUAUUUAUUAACGUUUUCUGUCGUGGGUACGACGGUGGGUGCUGCCGUUUUGGUCAAGGAUUAUGCAACAGGUGGCACUUGUCCCAGUAAAGCCAAGAUCACUGGAAAAACCGUGGUUAUCACAGGAGCAAACGCUGGCAUUGGAAAAGAAACGGCCUGGGAACUGGCCAGGAGAGGAGGACAUAUUAUCAUGGGGUGCCGAGAUAUGGAGAAGUGUGAAGCGGCUGCUAAAGAAAUCAGGCGAGACACUUUGAAUCAUAACGUCUUUGCCAGGCAUCUUGACCUCGCUUCCAUGAAAUCGAUUACAAAUUUUGCGAAGAAAAUUAAUGAAGAAGAGAAGCGUGUGGACAUACUGAUCAAUAAUGCAGGAGUAAUGAGGUGCCCUCACUGGACCACUGAAGAUGGCUUUGAGAUGCAGUUCGGAGUUAAUCACUUAGGCCAUUUCCUGUUAACCAACCUCUUGCUUGAUAAGAUGAAGAGUUCAGCACCAAGCCGCAUCAUAAACGUCUCCUCGCUGGUUCAUCUAGCAGGACAGAUAGAUUUGGAGGAUUUGAAUUGGGAAAGGAAAAAGUACGACACGAAAGCUGCUUACUGUCAAAGCAAACUUGCCAACGUGAUGUUCACAAAAGAGCUGGCCAGACGGCUACAAGGUAAAGUAAAACUGAACCCAGGGGGUGUGCGAGUAUCCUUUUUAAAAGCCAAAUUUACACCUGGGGACAAAUAAAGUUCUUUCUAACUAUAUCUGUUGU